AUGGUCACUAGAAGGUGUUUUUUGAUUAUUUUGAUUUGAUUUUAGGGUUCUUCUCUUCUGGGUGGCAGGAAUAUUAUUGCUGCUGAGAUAUUUGAUGAUUUUCUUUUAGUCUUUGUAAGUUGCCUGAUGGAGCUGUUAAAAUUAGUGAAGUUGUGUAUUGGUUUCCUUCCUGGCUGGAGUUUUUCAGGCUUUUUGGCUACAUGUUUUGAGUUGGAACUCCAUGUGUAACAAAAGAGUAGUUGAUCACAGGAAAACAGAUAAUCAGGCUGUGUACUUGAUGGAUACUUCUUCCUCAACAGCACUCUCUGCCCCUGCUUCCAAUCCAUGUUCUGCACCUGGCUCAACCAAUGGUUCCAAUGAUGAAACCCCUCGUGUAAAAUUCUUGUGUAGCUUUUUAGGGAGCAUUUUGCCUCGACCCCAAGAUGGGAAGUUGCGUUAUGUUGGUGGAGAGACACGAAUUGUGAGCUUGCCCAGAGAUAUAACUUAUGAGGAGCUGAUGAAUAGGAUGAGAGAGCUUUAUGAAGGGGCGGCAGUGUUGAAGUAUCAGCUGCCCGAUGAAGAUCUUGAUGCUUUGGUGUCUGUUGUAAAUGAUGAUGAUGUGACUAACAUGAUGGAAGAGUAUGAGAAGUUGGGUUCAGGUGAUGGAUUUACUAGACUUAGGAUUUUUUUGUUUUCACAUCCUGAGCAAGAUGGUUCGUCCCAUUAUGGUGAUGGGGAUGAGAGGGAGACUGAGAGGAGGUAUGUUGAUGCUUUGAAUAGUUUAAAUGAGGGGUAUGAUUUGAGGAGAUGUGAGUCUCCUAUGGUAACUCCAAUUGCGGAUGACCUCCAUUUAACUGAACCACCCUUCAACAAAAUGAAUAUUGAUGGUGGCUUACAUAACCAGAGGAGUGCUGAGAUUAUAUCUUCUGUGGAGUUGAACAAGGUUGUUGAUGGUGAAUCUAAGAUAUCAUCCCAUGAGUCUAGCAACUCAAGUUGCUUAAGGCCUGCUGAAGAGAAUGAUGAUGUUGUGACACCAGGCAAAACAGAUCCCUGUGCUCUGGAAAAUUCAAGGCUAUCUGUUAACCGUCUAAGUUUCCUACCUGAGUUGAUUGCUUCUGUUAAGAAAGCAGCACUAGAAGAGGUUGAAGAAGUCAAUGCUAAAGCCGAAGAUGGUGAUUCUGCAAAGCAAGAUGUAGGUGAAAAAGAAGUAGCUGCUAAUGAAUCUGAAUCACUGAAUGCACAUGAUGAGUUGGAGGCAGAAUUUGAUAAUGAAAAUCUAAACAUUUCUAAAAUUGAGCCAACAAAGGCUGAGGCAGAAGCUAUUUCAAGAGGCUUACAGACAAUAAAAAAUGACGACCUGGAGGAAAUUCGAGAAUUAGGUUCAGGAACUUAUGGAGCUGUUCAUCAUGGGAAAUGGAAGGGUUCUGAUGUGGCAAUAAAGAGAAUUAAAGCCAGCUGCUUUGCCGGAAGACCUUCUGAAAGAGAACGUUUGAUUGCAGAUUUCUGGAAGGAAGCUCUGAUAUUGAGUUCAUUGCACCAUCCAAAUGUUGUUGCUUUCUACGGUAUUGUACGUGAUGGUCCUGAUGGAUCUUUAGCCACUGUGACAGAAUUCAUGGUUAAUGGGUCUUUAAAACAAUUUUUGCAGAAGAAAGACAGAACUAUUGAUCGUCGAAAGAGACUCAUUAUAGCAAUGGAUGCAGCAUUUGGGAUGGAAUACUUGCAUGGAAAAAACAUUGUUCAUUUUGAUUUGAAAUGCGAAAAUCUAUUGGUAAAUAUGAGAGAUCCACAGCGUCCUGUUUGCAAGAUUGGUGAUUUGGGCUUAUCAAAGGUCAGACAACACACUUUGGUGUCUGGAGGUGUUCGUGGGACAUUACCUUGGAUGGCACCGGAGCUUUUAAGUGGUAAAAGUAACAUGGUAUCUGAGAAGAUUGAUGUUUAUUCUUUUGGGAUUGUCAUGUGGGAGUUACUUACAGGGGAAGAACCUUAUGCUGAUAUGCAUUGUGCUUCAAUAAUUGGAGGUAUUGUAAACAAUACACUGCGUCCAAAAAUUCCUUCAUGGUGUGAUCCUGAAUGGAAGGCUUUGAUGGAAAAGUGUUGGGCCUCUGAUCCUUCAGAAAGGCCAUCGUUUUCAGAAAUUUCUCAGAAGCUGAGGAACAUGGCUGCUGCAAUCAAUGUAAAAUAGUUCUAAUGCUGAAGCAGUAGGUUUCAUGCCUUGCAUCUUACUAGGGAAAAGGAAAAUAAUUAAGAAGCCCAGUUACUGCAGUAUGUGAUCACCUAGGUUAAUAAUUUUUUACUACUGUGCCUUCAUUCAGCUUCUCCAGAUCCAUCAUAGUACUGCCAUUAGUUCUCUCCAGAGAGCAGUUAUAUACACCAAAGAGGGCCAUGGAUAAACAAUCAGAAUGAGAGAGUUUUCUCCAACUGGAAUCGGUACCUUUCCUUUUUAUAUACAUACAGCAUAUGUUUUUAACUCUUACCCAGAAACAGCCGAGUCAUGAAUAAACUUCAUCUUUCCCUCACAGGGUUUGCUACAUUUGAUCUGACCAAGAUGGCCGUACUAUGGGUGGAUGCCUUUAUCUUUUAAGGUGGGACUAUAUUUUUUUGAAGAUCUGUAUAUAAGUGAUAUGGAAAUUGAGUGAACAAUAAUGCAUAGUUCUUGUGAAAUUCAGACGAACUAGGAACCGUAUUUGUUCUGAAUCUUUUUGACCUUUGAUUCUAAAAAAUUUUGAGCCAAGAGUCCUCGCUUUUAUGUGGUGAUGUGUACCCCAUUUGCUUUCAUGUAAAUGAAUUUGUUUACAAAUUACAAUGAUACUCAUUUGGUAUAAGUUCUUGCUGUAUGAAGCUCAAAUAAUAGAUCACUGCUCCU